AUGAGGUUUGGGAAGAAGGGUAAGCUUAGUCCAAGAUUUAUUAGACCUUACGAGAUCCUUGAGUUCAUAGGCGAGGUAGCGUAUCGACUUGCGUUACUUGUAUUUAUUGACCGAGUGCAUGGCGCGUUUCACCCCAAACAGUUAACCUUGGAUGACACCUUGCAGUAUGAGGAGACCCCCAUUCAGAUUUUGGAUAGGAAAAUGGUUGAUACAUGUCGGGGUAGUGUAGCGCUCGUGAAGGUGUUAUGGUCUAAUCACGUCACCGAAGAAGCCACGUGGGAAGCAGAAGAUGCCAUGAAACGCGAUUAUCCCUGGUUGUUUACGCAGUCUUAA